AUGGCUGCGGGGCACAUGCCACGAAAGCGAAGAAGCCUUUUGGCGGUCAAGGCUGCGGCACCCAAAGAGACAGGUGCCCUGGUCUCUGUGUCCGAGCUUCCGAAGGUGGAAGCUCUAGGAGUGGAGUUGCGGCAGUCUUCGGGCAUUGCAGCUCCUGUGAAUGUCCAGACGGGGGAGCUAAGUGGUGAACCUUUCCGGAUUCUGCAUGACCUUGGGCCCGACACGAAGAAAAACAUUGAGACCAUCACAGGAACUUUGCAGAAGCUCAGAAAGCACUUUGGAUGGAACAAGGUUAUCGGCUGCUCCGUCACCAAGGCGCUGAUGGAAAACCUGACCGAGGACAAUGAUGGAGAUUAUCAGACUCGCAGGGCAAAAGUUCAAGAACUGCUGCGGCGGGGUCUGAACAAACGAGGACAGGUGGCCUUCUUCCAUGUGGAAAUCCACACCGUGGGAGCAGGAUACAACGAGCUAGUCUGGGGCGACAGCAGAGCUACAGACGUUUGGCGAAAGAAGACCAUCCUGGUCAUUACGCUGGGGCGGAACAUCGGUGCAGUACUCUUCAAUGACGGCCGCAGGGUGCGCAACUCCCCGCUGAACGAGCUCUACACCUCGAAUCGUCAGGCCAGCUUGCCCAGUGAUGCGGGCGAAUACAAGUUCGUACCUCCAUCGCCAGGAUCCGAUUCGUUUGACGAGUGGGCAUCACUGUUGGACGACUAUCUCGCAGAAAUCACCGGAGCUGUUCCCACAGGAUUGGACCGAGUGGUACUUGUGCCAACAGGGAGGAUCGCGAGCACCGACCGAGCCAUCUCUCAGGCGCUGAUGAAGCCGGAACGCCUUGCAAAGACGAAGGAGUUGGCAGCCGAGAGGGGUGCAGACAUGGUCGUGGCCGCCGCAGAGCAGGAGGUCAACAUUGUGCGUGGCAUGGCCCUGGAUGCCAUCUUCGAGCUGCAGAUCAGCCAGGCGAGGCGAGCCUUGGAUGGCGUCCUGAAUGACUCCAAGAUUUUGCAGCACCUGUCAGAGGUGCAGCUGGAGGCCAUUUUUGAUCAAAUGGAUGUGGACGGAGACAGACGGCUUCAGGCUGAUGAGCUGCAGAGAGCUUUGGCGCUUUUGGGACUGGAACGCGAGUUGGAGAAGCUCGUAGAGGAGCUCGACACCACCCGCGAUGGAGAAGUGUCCUUCAACGAAUUCUUGGCAUGGUGGCGGAAACACGUCAUGGAGGCCAGGUGCGUCGUUACUACCAGUGCAAAGGCAUGGCAAAGCAUCAUCACGAAUGUCAAUCCGCCAUUGAACCUGGGGCAGUUGGUGCUCCUGAAGGUGACCUUCACCUUUUGCCGGAGCUGCCGUGCCUUUGAACCCAAGUGGCGAAAGUACUCAGAAGAGUUCCGUGACAUUCGCUUCGUUGAGCUCGUGGGAAAUGGCACAAUUGGCGCAAUGGAGUUCUCCACGAAAGAGCUGGGCGUGAAGGUGUCCCCUGCCUUCUUCAUGUUCCGGCGUGGCGAAGCCGGUGGAGAGCUCAUUGAACAGUGGACGGGUGCGAAUCCCGAGCGCUUCGAAAGCCAUGUGCGGCAGUGCUUGGAGCGAGAGGCAGAUCGAGUUGCCCAAGGAGCGUGA